AUGUAUACUGUGAACCGGAAGAGACUGCAGAAGCUAACGGACUCCAUUAGUAAAACCUCCAAGCAUUUUAACAGAUAUGAAAUAGAGUGCCUCAUAAAACUUUUUCAUAACUUGAUGGGAGAAUCAACUGAGAAACAAGGUAGCGUUGGGAUAGAUCGUAAUGCAUUUCGAAACAUCCUACAUACUACAUUUGGAAUGACUGAUGACAUGAUCAUGGACAGGGUAUUUCGUGCUUUUGACAAAGACAAUGAUGGAUUUGUGAGUGUAGCAGAGUGGAUUUCAGGACUAUGUAUAUUUCUUCGAGGGAGUUUGGAAGAAAAAAUGAAAUAUUGCUUUGAAGUUUACGAUUUGAAUGGUGAUGGUUUCAUUUCACGAGAGGAAAUGUUUCACAUGCUGAAAAACAGCCUUCUCAAGCAACCAAGUGAAGAAGAUCCAGAUGAAGGGAUUAAAGAUUUAGUUGAUAUAACACUUAAGAAAAUGGAUCGUGACCAUGAUGGGAAGCUAUCCUUUACAGAUUAUGAAACAUCUGUAAGAGAAGAAGCUCUUUUGUUAGAAGCAUUUGGUCCAUGUUUACCCGACUCAAAGUGCACAUAUAUAAUAAGCAGCAGGAGGAAAGAUAAUGCAAACAGUUUUGCUCAGAUGCAAAUACUGGCAAGGUGGAUAGAGUGCUGGACUUGGAGUAAGGAAGACCUGUGUUCAAAUCCUGACUCUCCUACUUAA